CCACCGCUCCUGCAGCCGCAACGCAAACGCGCUGCAUCCGCGCCUCAUCGAUCCGCGUAUUGGAAACCGAUCGGUAACCGCAUGGUGACGUCACGCCGCUGAUCGGUAACAGUGGCUGGGUGCGUUGUGGCUGGUGGGCGGGUUGCUGUGUGGCGCUCCAACACCAGGGAUAGAUGGGCGCAGAGGAACCAAACACCGGAUAAACGAAAGAAAGACAAAAGAGGAACGUGAGGACGUGCACGCGGAGUGUUUGUUUUGUUUAUCCGUCAGUGCGUGGGGAAUGUAGCUGUCACAGCCGCCUGCGGGAGGAUGGAUGCGUAACAGCACGGAUCGAGCCAGCUGUGGCCUGCUUCUAACAGCAACAUCUGGCCGGUGAGUCGCACGGAGCCGCAGGCAGCACGCAGCUUUUCUCACCCAGUCAGGGACACAGAGACGGGGGAGAGUGCAGCCUCUCUCCCUAGUCUCCUGUCCGGGGAGUCGCUGUGACCUCGUCCUUGGUUGAGUGAUUGAUGUGCACGUUUGACAGACAGGCUGCGUGCAGCAUAUGAUGACGGGUCAGAGAGGGCGCCUCAGCAGCCUGGACUAUAGCACCGAGGGAGAGGAGAUGGAGGAAGGGGACGCAGAGGGGGAAGGGCCCAUGGUGGGCAGAGAGGGGCCGAACGCCAGCAGCAAUACCACCACCACCAACAACCUCCUGGCUUCUGUCAAAGAGCAGGAGCUCCAGUUUGAGCGGCUGACUCGCGAGCUGGAGGAGGAGCGGCAGAUUGUGGCAAGCCAGCUGGAGAGGUGCAUGCUGGGAGCUGAGUCGCCAGCGGGAGACAGCAGCAGCUCAUCCGAGAAGUCGUUCGCAUGGAGAUCCGCAGGUGGAGAGUUGCAGGGCGGAGUGAUGGAGGCGUCUGGAUGUCCUGGCCGUCAGCUGGAGGCGGAGGAGGGACUCUUCAUGCCUGAGCCUGACCGUGCCUCCCUGCAUGACAGUGAGGGCUCAGGAGGUCACUCGGCGCAGAUGACCUCGUAUUCAGACAGCGGCUACCAGGACAGCAGCGUGAGUUAUUACAGCAACCAGAACGUGGUGCGCUCGGAGCCCCGGGCCUCGCUAUCCAGGAGCCCGAGAGCCGAGGGUCAAGCCUCUGGGCAGGUGUCUGGCAGGGUGUUACGGAGGAUGACCUCCCUCCCCUCCAGGAGCCAGUCUCCAGGUGGGGGCACCGUCUCCCCCUCCCGCAUCUCCCUGCGGACCUCCCAGGGCAGCACCUACGACUCCCCCAUCCUCUCGGAGCCCAAACCUCUGGCAGCCCUGUUCCCCUGCACCUCCAUGCCGCCCUCCUGCCCCUCACCCACAUCCCCGACCGACGCCACCCAGGCCCUAGGUGGGGUGGUGCUGGGAGGAGGAGGAGGUCGUCUGGGCUCCACCCUGUCCCUGGUGGAGGGGAGGUGUUUGACGGGGUCCCCUCUGAGGUCGGGAAUGACAGCGGUGCCGCAGCACUACGGCUCCACGCUGCCCCGGCAGAGCCAGCCGCUGGCCUAUGGAGCCGACCCGUACGGCCUGUACCAGAGAAGCGCACUGCCGCGGCCCGACAGCCUCAUCGGGCUCCACAGCUCGUACGCCGGUCACACAGGACAGAUAGACCCGGAGCUGAGGGCGGCGCUGUCUCCGGACUGCCACAUGACGCCCGUCUUUGAUGAGUGCUCCUUCCACAGCCCCCUGUUCCACAGCCCCACCCACGAACCCCAGGGCUCUCUCUACAGGACCAACACAGGUUUGGCGACUCUCCCUCGGGCCACGAGCCACUGCGGCACGCUGCCGUUCCAAAGAAGCAGCUUCGGGCUGAGCACCGCCGCUCUGUACGUGGACCCCUACCGGGAGCCUGUCUUCUCCCACCGCCACUCCGGGCUCAUUGAGCGGGGGGCCACGCGCACCCCCUCCCUCGAGAGCAUCCAUAAGGACCCCAGGGAGUUUGCUUGGCGUGACCCCGAGCUGACGGAGGUCAUCCACAUGCUGCAGCACCACUUCCCCUCCGUGCAGGCCAACGCCGCCGCCUACCUGCAGCACCUGUGCUACGGAGACAACAGGGUCAAGGUGGAGGUGUGUCACUUGGGGGGGAUCCAGCACCUGGUGGACCUGCUGGAUCAUAAGCUGACGGAGGUCCAGAAGAGCUCCUGCGGGGCCCUGAGGAACCUGGUGUACGGAAAGGCCACGGACAACAACAAGGUGGCGCUGAGGAACUGCGGCGGAGUUCCCGCCCUGCUGCGCCUCCUCAGGAAGACCACCGACAAUGAAGUCCGAGAGCUCGUCACCGGCGUCCUGUGGAACCUGUCGUCGUGCGACGCGGUGAAGAUGACGAUCAUCCGCGACGCUCUGAGCACGCUCACCAACACCGUGGUCAUCCCCCACUCUGGCUGGAGCAGCCUGUCCCACCGCGACGAGCACAAAGUCAAGUUCCAGUCCUCGCUGCUGCUGCGCAAUACCACCGGCUGUCUGAGAAACCUGAGCUCAGCAGGGGAAGAGGCGAGGAGUCAGCUGCGUUGCUGUGAAGGUCUGGUGGACUCGCUGCUUCACGUCCUCAAAGCCUGCGUCAACACCUCUGACUACGACAGCAAGAUUGUGGAAAACAGCGUGUGCACCCUGAGGAACCUCUCGUACCGGCUGGAGGUGGAGAUGCCGUCCUCCCGUCUGCUGGGGAACCAGGAGCUGGACACCCUGCUAGGCUUCUCCUCCCCUGGGAAGGAGCUGGACUACAUCUGCUGGGGCAAGAGGAGGCGUGGCCGGAAGAGGGGGGGUUGGCCCGAUGACAAGUGGGAUGGCAUCGGGCCUAUUCCAGGCUUCUCGCAGCACCUGAGGGGGGCGGAGCUGCUGUGGCACCCGAUGGUGGUGAAGCCGUACCUCAACCUGCUGGCGGAGAGCUCCAACCCCGCCACGCUGGAAGGCGCCGCCGGCUCCCUGCAGAACCUCUCUGCUGGGAACUGGAAGUUCUCAGCCUACAUUCGAGCGGCGGUGCGUAAAGAGAAAGGCCUGCCCAUCUUGGUGGAGCUGCUGAGGAUGGACAACGACCGGGUGGUGUGCUCCGUCGCCACCGCCCUCCGCAACAUGGCGCUGGACAGCCGCAACAAGGAGCUCAUAGGGAAGUACGCCAUGCGGGACCUGGUGACGCGGCUGCCCGGCGGCAGUCCCUCCAUGCUGUCGGACGAGACGGUGGCGUCGGUGUGCUGCACGCUGCACGAGGUCACCAGCCGCAACAUGGAGAAUGCCAAAGCUUUAGCCGACUGCGGAGGCAUCGAGAAGCUGGUGGACAUCAGCAAAGGACGAGGGAAAGGGUACUCCAUGAAGGUGGUGAAGGCAGCAGCCCAGGUGUUGAACACGCUGUGGCAGUACAGAGAGCUGAGGAACCUCUACAAACAGGAUGGCUGGAACUACACCCACUUCGUCACUCCGGUCUCCACCCUGGAGCGCGACCGCUACCUUUCCCAGCCCACGCUGCCCACCAGUCCGUUGCAGAUGUCUCCCGUCAUCCAAUCAGGUGGUAGUGCUACGUCCUCCCCGGCGAUGCUCGGGAUAAGGAGACACAGUUCCAACUAUCAGAGAGCGCAGUCAUCUAUGCAACUCGACACGUACUAUGGAGACAACAGUUUACACAAACGGCAGUACACAGGGUCUGAGAAGAAAACUCCAUACUUCAUUGGGACAUACUCUUCCCAGUCAGGGGAGGAUCUGAGACGGUCCCAGCACACAGAGCCAUUUUACGACGAGCCCGACAGGAAGAACUACAACAGCUACAGAAUGUACCUGUCGUCCCCUCAAGGCUUCGGAGAGGAGCCGUACGAGGAGGACCCGGUGCCCCUGACCCCCACCUCCCCCGACGGCUACGCCAGCCAGGCGCUCCAGUUCAAAGCCAACACCAACUACGUGGACUUCUACUCCACCACGCGGAGGCCUUCCAACCGGGCCAACAAGUUCACUGGCUCCCCCGACUCCUGGGUGUAGACACUAAAGGACACCAUGUACGUGGAGCUUCUGUUUCUGUGGAUGUUUGUGUGUGGGGAGCGCACCGGGGGUGGAAGGUGGAGGAUGCAUGUGAAUGUGUGCAUCUGUGUUGAACUGUGCUGAACGACCAGGGCUCGGUUUGCUACAUGCAGCGUUUGACUAAGUUACAACAUGCACACAAUAAUGCAGAUAAACAUGAACUAUUCCUUUAAUUUUUUAACAUUCUCUCUGCACAAAUAACACCAAUGUACAAACAAUUACUAUCUGACUUAUAAAAGCUAAUGUAACUGCAGGAUUCGUGCUGUUUUGAAAUUGUAUCUUCAUGGUUUAUUGCACUUAAUGAAAGUCCCUAUAGAUAAAAGCUAUAUAUAAAGUGUAUCAAUUACACAACAAAUAUUAAUUCACUAUUCAAUCUAGUCAUUAAGAAUGGCAGAAUCUGAGCAUUAAUAUCCAUGUUUCUGGUGGGAAAGCUUAAUCAGAUACUUUUAUCUUUUGUUGCUGCUCCUGGUCAAGCUAGUAUUUUUUUAAGAGUCUUUAGUUGCUGGUGCUCUUUUUAAAGGUGCAAUUGUAAAUAGAAAACAUUUGGUUUAAUGGAAAGCGCAAAAAUAGGUUGAAGGAAAUUGCUAUUAUGCUAUUUAAGUCUCCUUGGGUCUGUCCAGGCGUAGUUCACUGCUAUUUCUUCUGCAAACCACUGGAGAAUUAGCAUAAGCAUUUGUUGAGAUUGGUAACAUGAUGAGAGUUGGUUGUCAUUAUAAGAUAUGUUAAGAUCUCCAAAUAUUAAGCUCUCAACUUUAUCUGCAUUAUUCUGCACAUGGGCUUAGCGUGGGUAACGUGGCCUCAGUCAAAAGGUGCUAUUCGAGAAAAACCCAGCCCUCUCCUUGUUGUUUUCCAGAGUGUUUGUUAAAGUCACUGAUUUCAUUUUUCUCUACGGUAAAAAUGUGCAGUUUUUUGGCUUUAUAACAUUAAUAUGGUUCACCAGCAUCAUCAUGAAUGAGAGGAGAGGAGCUGACUGAAAGUCUAAGAACGAACACACCUGGGACAAAUGCUAUUAAUCAAGACUAAACAUUUCAACAGUAACUAAAACCCCUAACACCAAACAGGAUAUGAACAAAUUAAAAACGAUUUGACCCAGAUUUGGGAACCUUUGAAGACUCAGAGAACUGGGGUUAGGUCUGUAACCUCGUGCUCUCUGUAUGUUGGUGCAGUAAUCUCAUAGAGUAUGUGAAAUCUAUUUGUACAGAAACAAUGGUUUAACUGUCCUGUUACAUUGUUGUACUCAAUAUGUAGAACUUUGUAUGUGAUUGUGUGGAGAAGAGUUUUCUAUUAUUUAUUGAUUCAUUUUAUUGUGAUCUGACCAAAAUACCCCAUCUGUCUGUUCUGUCCAAACUGAUGAUGAUAAUGUGCAAUGUUACAGAGGGAAUAUAUGUAUAGCGAUUAAAGAUUAUAUCAU